AUGGACGAGGGGCAAGGAGGAGUAGGCUGGCGUACCUCCCACUCGGAAGCUGCUGUGGGAGUGAACACCUACCUCUUCAUGAUGCAAGCCCAAGGCAUCAUGAUUCGUGAAAACAUGAGGACGAUAGGAGCACAGGUUUAUGAGCAGGUGGUCCGCAGUGCCUAUGCCAAGAGGAACAUCAGUGGGAAUGAUUCAGAUUAUGCUGUUGAUUUGAACCACAAUGAAACCUUUCUGCAAACUACAACUUUUCUUCCUGAGGAUUUUACCUACUUUCCAAACCAUACCUGCCCUGAAAGACUCCCUUCUAUGAAGGGCCCCACUGAUGUAAAUAUGAGUGAAAUCAGCAUGGAGGAGAUCCACCAGUUCUUCUCUCAAGAUCCCACUAUCGAAUUAGGAGGCCACUGGAAGCCUAAAGACUGUGUGCCUCGUUGGAAGGUGGCAAUCCUCAUUCCAUUCCGCAACCGUUAUGAGCAUCUUCCAGUCCUCUUUAGACAUCUUAUUCCAAUGCUGCAACGCCAACGUUUACAGUUUGCGUUUUAUGUUAUUGAGCAAGCUGGUACUCAACCCUUCAACCGUGCCAUGCUCUUCAAUGUUGGCUUUCGGGAAGCAAUGAAGGACUUGGACUGGGAUUGUCUGAUCUUUCAUGAUGUGGAUCAUAUACCUGAAAAUGACCGUAACUACUAUGGAUGUGGGCAGAUGCCAAGACACUUUGCAGCAAAGCUGGAUAAAUAUAUGUAUCUACUCCCUUAUAAUGAGUUCUUUGGAGGAGUGAGUGGCCUAACAGUGGAACAGUUUAAAAAAAUCAAUGGCUUUCCUAAUGCCUUCUGGGGCUGGGGCGGAGAGGACGAUGACUUUUGGAACAGGGUCCACUAUGCAGGCUACUUUGUAACUCGGCCAGAAGGAGACACUGGGAAAUACAAGUCGAUUCCACAUCAUCAUAGAGGCGAAGUACAGUUCUUAGGAAGGUAUGCACUGCUGAGGAAGUCCAAAGAGAGGCAAGGUUUGGAUGGCCUCAACAACUUGAACUAUUAUCCAAAUAUUACGUACGACGCCUUGUAUAAAAACAUAACUGUCAACCUGAUGCCAGAGCUGGCUCUGGUGAAUGAAUAUUAAGAGAUAUUAAGAGGGUUCUCCUGGACUAGAAAAGUCUUAUGUCUAAUGAAGGAUCACAGUAUUUUGAAGAAUAAUACUGAAAGCACGCACACAGAUGGUCUGUGACUAUAGCCCUCCUCAAACGGAUGUUGUGCAGGAAGCUCGGACUUCAUUUAUUUUCUGAUUUUUUGAAAAAAUAACAGUGGCUUGACCUCCUGCUUUGCCCCCGCAUACCAUCUCCUUAAACAAUCUCCAACACCAAACUAUGAUCAAAUGUGCUUUUCGUGCUCAUUGAAUCAGUUUGGCCAAAAAGGAUGUUGACUUCUUGACUUUGGGUGCCGGGAGCAAUCCUGUAGGCAGCAGCCCUAACGAGAGAUGAACUGCAGCUAACAAUAUCAUUCUUCUACAUCUGUGUCUGUAUUGGGUGUUUUUGUUUUUCAAAUUGACCUGCUUGAAGAGAGAAAAGAUAUAUAUAUAUAUAUGUACAACAGAGUCGCUUCUUAAAGAAGUGUAG